GGCUAUAAUAAUCUAUGCGUUUAUUUCUAGAAAGCCACGACGAAAGCUGCGACUACAACUACAAAGAAACCCACCGCAGGAACCACAAGAACUCCUACAACCACGAAGAAAGUUAGUCUGCCUACGACCACGUUGAGACCGUCAACUACUACAAUGAGGAGCACAACACUGGCUCGAUUAGUACAAACAACUAAAAAGAAACCAACCACUCCCGGGAUAUCGUUAUUCGGAAUUCCAUGGUUAUUUGGUCCAAUGUAUGGUGAUGAUUAUUACCAAGAGUCGGAUGAUAACAGCACAACCGUGAUGCCGGAAGACUACAACUACGGGGAACUGGGUGUCUCAGAACCUAUGGAAGCGGAAGCUCAACCGGAACUUGAAGUCUCACCUCCGAACACACCGAAAGAGGAAGAGAACCUCGCGAUCGUUACCGAACCGGCACCUGCAACCGGCUCAACUCGAAUGAAGCUGAAACGUCGCGUGACUACUACACCAGCACCAACGACCACAACACGAGUGUUGCUGAAACGGCGAGUAACUGCAGCUGGUGCCUAGAG